AUGACUGCCGAGUUACUAGCGGCCAGUAGUAUCAGGCGACCAGUAGUACCGGGCGUCUUCGUGCAAAGCGAGUGUCAUUCAGUCAUCGACAGCAAACCAGAGAUGGUGCGAUUUCUAUGUGAAAAGGGUGCUGACGUAAAUGCUCAAGACAAUGAGGGUUGGACUCCACUGCAUGCAGCAGCUUGCUGCGGAAAUUUAGCUAUAGUCAAAUAUUUGUGCCAAAACGGGGCUCGACUUAAUGUAAUUAACAGUGAUAAAGAAUUAGCGUUGGACUUAGCCGACGACGAGUCCUGUAGGGAAUAUCUUGAACGUGAUUACCGUGAUCAGGGCGUAAUUCCUGAGCAAUGUCGUGAUCAAGAGUUAGCUAUUAUGAUGAGAGAUGCUCAACAAUGGCUGCGCGAUGGAGAAUAUCGAGAUCAACCGCAUCGACGCACAGGAGCAACUGCAUUGCAUGUUGCAGCUGCCAAAGGUUAUACGCAACUUCUUGAAUUGCUCAUUAAAGCUGGUGGAAAUAUACGGGCGCCAGACAAGGACGGAUGGACUCCGUUGCAUGCAGCGGCCCACUGGGCAGAGAGGGAUUCCUGUAAAAUAUUACUCGAGCAUGGUGCAAGUAUAAUGGACACUAACUACGCGGGACAAAACGUACUAGCCGUUGCUGACAAAGAAAUUGUGGAGUAUUUGGAGGAUUUGGAGCGAUCAGUCGACAAACGAAAAUCUCCACCGUCUGCUCCUGCUGGAAUAUUGCAGGUAUUUUCAUAUUAUACAAAUCCAUAUUUCCUUGACUGUUUUUUUUUGUUGAAAACUUAUGACUUCUUGUGGGUUCGUCGACCGAUUAGAGGUGAAAUUGAGCUUCCAUAG